UUUGAACUUAAUUCCGUUUUGAAAUGAAAAUAUAUGUUUGAUUGCUCUGGUCUAGGGGCGCAUCAGUUGCAGCCUUGAGAAUCGAAUUUUCUCUCCGCAACUCCCUAGUCAUUAUCUCUACACUACAACAAAGUAGUCUAACUGUACUGUAGACAACAAUAUUUCAUUCCAUACAAAUAAAUAAUAGCUUCCACAAUGGAUCGGGACAAAUCUAGCCCGUCCCCCUCCACCUUCCAGGAGUCCCCAGGUCAAUCGCCUCCCUGUACUUUACUGCUGGGUCUGGUCGACUGCAGGAAAACACCGGGGCAGAGUGGAACUGAGAGAGGAGAAGAGGAACAUGGAGAUGUGAUUUCAUUAAGUAAGAACCAUGGGGACAGCCCUAAUCGUUGCUCUCUCAGUGGGAGGGGCUUAUCAUCUGGGGAGCCUCAACAUCAUAAUGCUGACAAGAAAGAGAAGAGUCUCUCCAGAUCAGAACACCUCAAGAAACACCAGCAUAGAGGUAUAGGGAAGAAACCUCACCACAGCUGCUCUGACUGUGGGAAGAGUUUUGCUAAACAGAAGGAUUUGAUCAUUCACAAACGGAUUCACACCGGAGAGAAACCGUACCACUGCUCUCAGUUUGGGAAGAGUUUCGCUGCAUCUAAAACCUUAACAUCUCAUCAGAGAAUUCAUACAGGGGAGAGGCCUUAUCCCUGCUUUGGUUGUAGGAAAUGCUUCAAUCAGUCAGGAGACCUGACUACACACCAACGCAUACACACAGGAGAGAAGCCUUAUAGCUGUGAUCAAUGUGGGAAAAGCUUCAAUAAAUCAGGAGCCCUGACUAGACAUCAACGCAUACACACAGGAGAGAAGCCUUAUAGCUGUGAUCAAUGUGGGAAAAGCUUCAAUAAAUCAGGAGCCCUGACUAGACAUCAACGCAUACACACAGGAGAGAAGCCUUAUAGCUGUGAUCAGUGUGGGAAGAGCUUCAAUCAAUUAGUACAUCUGACCACACACCAACACAUACACACAGGAGAGAAGCCUUAUAGCUGUGAUCAAUGUGGGAAAAGCUUCAGUAAUUCAGGCGCCAUGACUAGACACCAACGCAUACACACAGGAGAGAAGCCUUAUAGUUGUGAUCAGUGUGGGAAGAGUUUUGCUCAAGAUUUCUCCCUGACUACACACCAACGUAUACACAGAGGAGUGAAGCCUUAUAGCUGUGAUCAGUGUGGGAAGAAUUUCUGGACCUCAGGACACCUGACUACACACCAGCGAAUACACACAGGGGAGAAGCCUUAUAGCUGUGAUCAGUGUGGGAAGAAUUUCUAUACGUCAGGACACCUAACUACACACCAGCGAAUACACACAGGGGAGAAGCCUUAUAGCUGUGAUCAGUGUGGGAAGAGCUUCAAUCAUUCAGGAUCCCUGAUUAUACACCAACGCAUACACACAGGAGAGAAGCCUUAUAGCUGUGAUCAGUGUGGGAAGAGUUUCAAUCAUUCAGGAGCGCUGACCACACACCAACGCAUACACACAGGAGAGAAGCCUUAUAGCUGUGAUCAGUGUGGGAAGAGCUUCAAUUAUUCAGGAAACUUGACUGCACACCAACGCAUACACACAGGAGAGAAACCUUAUAGCUGUGAUCAGUGUGGGAAGAGCUUCAGUCGAUCAGGAGACCUGAUUACACACCAACGCAUACACACAGGAGAGAAGCCUUAUAGCUGUGAUCAGUGUGGGAAGAGCUUCAAUCGAUCAGGACCCCUGACUAUACACCAACGCAUACACACAGGAGAGAAGCCUUAUAGCUGUGAUCAGUGUGGGAAGAGUUUUGUUCGAGAUUCCAAUCUGAUUGCACACCAACGAGUACACACAGGAGAAAAGCCUUAUAGCUGUGAUCAGUGUGGGAAGAGCUUCAAUCAAUCAUUAGAACUGACUAGACACCAACGCAUACACACAGGAGAGAAACCUUAUAGCUGUGAGCAUUGUGGGAAGAGCUUCAAUCAAUCAGGAAACUUGACUAAACACCAACGCAUACACACCGGAGAGAAGCCUUAUAGCUGUGAUCAGUGUGGGAAGAGUUUUGCUCUAGAUUUCACCCUGACUACACACCAGCGAAUACACACUGGAGAGAAACCUUAUUCCUGUCUAUGUGGAAAGAGCUUUGCUCAUUCAGGGUCACUAAAAAAACACAAUGCAGCACAAACAUGUUUUCUUUGAUCUCCCUCUCAGGCACUGGUUCCAGAUCCCUAAAUAAAGUUUAAAUAGAAAACAUCUUGUAAAGAGUUAUUAUCUCCCAUUCUCUAAGUCUGAUUACCAUGGUAACCUGUGUUGCUAAUAUGCAGCUCUGGAUCUAUAUGUAUCAAGCGUCUUUGAGUAGGAGUCCUGUGUGUGGUGAGGUUUUCAGAGCUGUAUGUUAUUUCAUUAACUCCUGUUAUCCAUUAAAUAAUGUAGGAUAAUGUUUCAACAAUGGUAGGUUCAUAUUAAUGUGUGAGGGAAAUGUUGUCUGAAGACAGAGUCUUGAAUUGUACAUCUUUCCUCAUACAAUCAUUGGUUCCUGUAGGUAGAGAUAUGAGGGGAGACGGUCAUGACCCCCUCAGACCUUUUGGCAGAAGGCCCAGAACAUGUUCUAUAUGUUAAGAUCGGAGACGGUUCCAGUCACAUGCAGUUUCAGUCACAUGCAGGAACCAAACGUUAAUGAUGAAUUAAUUAUGAAUAAUGUAAAUCAUGCAAAUAUAACUUGUCUGUGUAAGCAGUAUUUUAGAGAACUAAAGACUACCCUGAAAGAGCUCCAGACCGAUGUGUACUCUGCUGCUUUAAGUUGGUUGGAACCUCUCCAGCUGGCUGAUAAUAAAUCAUUAUUCAUUUAAGUUUCACUGAGUCCCAGUUAGUAAUUUUCAGAACACAUGUCUUCAAUACAAGCAUACAUUAAAUCUAUUGUCUUAUGUGAAGGAGAUGUCACACUGCAUGAGGCAAAUGGUGGUCACACCAGAUACUGACUACCUUUUUUUUAAAGGUAUCUGUGACCAACAGAUCUGUAUUCCCAGUCAUGUGAAAUCUAUAGAUUAGGGCAUAAUUCAUUAAUUUAAAUUGACUGAUUUCUUUAUAUGAACUUUAACUCAGUAAAAUUGUACAAAUUGUUGCAUGUUGCGUUAAUAUUUUGUUGAGUGCAAUAACAAUUGAAGAAACUAAUGGAAGAUAUCAUUUCUGCCUCCCAGGUUGCAGUUCCAAUGGCUUCCACUAAAUGUCACUAGAUGUCAACAGUCUUUAUACAAGGCUGGCUUGUUUUUUUUUUAAAUUAAGAAGUAUUUGUAGUCUUUCCAAGGUGAGCGCCAAUGCAAAUAUGAUCUCUGCAAACAUCAGGACAUUUCUUUAAAAACUGCAUUGUCAGCAGAAGAGCGUUCUUCGUUCUUUUACUUUCCUAUUGGACAUAGUAAUCUCAGUCUGAAAUAUUAUUGUGUUUUUUUUAGAUGUUAGACAUUCUGAGGAUUAAUAAAAAACAUUGUUUGACUUAUUUGGAUGAACUUUGCUGGUAACCUUUUGG